GCGAGCCGGGGCGGUUGCCCCGCGCUGCGGCCGUGGGUGCCCAAAGCCGCCCAGUCGUUCCCCUGACACCUCUGCCUACCCUGGCCGUACGCCGUGCCUCCUCUCCCGGCUUCUGCCGCGUUCCCUCAACGUCUUCCACACUCGUCUUCCACACUCCCCUCCCACUCUCUCCUCCUCCCUCCUCCGAACCGCUCCACUCCCCCCGGGCUGUCUCCUUCCCCUAGUUUUCUCCCCUCCCUCCAGAGCACCGAUUUGAAUCUGGUGCUCUCCCGCUUCCUCUCUUACCCCCCGCCCGCGCAUGCGGCGGUGCCGCCGGGGAGCGCCGGGACCCGGCCCGCGGCCCGACCAGGGGCGGUCGGUCCCCGCGGCCCGGGAGGGCGGCGGAGGGGUCCGGCCAUCGCCAGCCCCCGAGGGGCCGCCUGGGGGAAGGGGAGCGAGGCCGCGACUUCCAUUCUUCCCGCCCUGCCGGGUGCCGGUGUGGGGCCGAGAGGCAGCCCGGCCCUGGCCUCUUCCCCCUGAGCGCGGUUGGUCCCUGCGCCCGCAGCCAUCCGUUCAGCGGAAUUCCUCGUUUUCGACGCCGGGAGGCUGUGAAACGAGGUCUGUGGCUUUCGUGGAAGCGUGGGGGGAAGCUGAGCAGGAGCUUUGAGGAGAAAAGAUGUCCGUGUGCAGAUUUCACCCCUUCCCUGACACGUCCACACGUGGGCAUUACAGAUCUCCAUUUCUUUCAUGCCUUUGGUGCUCUCAAUAAAUAUUGCUGUGUC